CUCGUGGGUGGGCAUUGCACCGUCUGUUCUGUCUUUGGCCUACAACUUGCUCUCUUGUCGUCGGAAAAGUUGUCACUGGCUUGUGUGAGGCUGGGUCCAGUUUUAAAGAAGAACCCUCUCCAGUCUCUACCUAAUCAUCUACCCGAUAUGGGUCCGAAGAAAGGCGGCGCGCCGAAGCAGAGGGGAAAUGCUACGGAGACGGUAGAGGAGACGCUGCAGGCGGUGGUGCUUGCGGAUACCUUCGAGACGAGAUUCGAGCCGUUCACCUUGGAAAGACCUCGGUGUCUCUUGCCGCUCGCGAACACGCCCCUCAUCGAAUAUACCCUGGAGUUCCUUGCCAAUGCGGGUGUUGAGGAUGUCUUCCUCUAUGGCGGUGCGCACUCGGAUCAGUUGGAGAGAUAUAUCAAUGCAUCGAAGUGGAGGGCGCCCUCGUCGCCCUUCAAGCAAUUGACUUUCCUCAAGUCGACGUCCACCUCGGUCGGAGACGUCAUGCGUGACCUCGACGGCAAGCACCUCAUCACCGGAGACUUCAUCGUGGUCAGCGGCGAUGUCAUCAGCAACUUGCCGAUCGAAGGCGCCCUGGCCAAGCACCGUGCUCGCCGCGAAGCCGACAAGAACGCGAUCAUGACAAUGAUCCUGCGGGAAGCCGGCCGCAACCACCGCACCAAGGCUUCCUCCGUGUCUCCUGUCUUCGUGAUCGACCCGACCAAGGACCGCUGCCUGCACUACGAGGAGAUUGACCAGCACAACCCCGACUCCACGCGCUUGAACAUCGAGGCCGAGCUCAUCACCUCACAUCAGGAAAUCGACCUGCGCCAGGACCUGAUCGACUGCAACAUCGAUAUCUGCACCCCCGAUGUGCUGAGUCUCUGGUCCGACAGCUUCGAUUACCAGGCGCCGCGCAAGCAGUUCUUGUUCGGUGUGUUGAAAGACUACGAGCUCAACGGCAAGACGAUCCACACGCAUAUCAUCAAGGACCACUAUGCUGCCCGCGUGAGGAACUUGAAGGCGUACGAUGCUGUCAGCAAGGAUAUCAUCUCCAGAUGGACCUACCCUCUUUGCCCUGAUACUAACCUGCUUCCUGGUCACAACUACGAGCUUCGCAAGGGAAGCUUGUACCAGGAGCAGGGCGUGACUCUGGCCCGCUCCUGUGUCAUCGGCCGUCGAACGGUCAUUGGCCAGGGAACGAGUAUUGGAGACAAGACAACGGUUAAGGACACAGUUCUGGGCCGGGACUGCAAGAUUGGGAAGAACGUUACCUUGGAAGGUGCCUAUAUCUGGGACGGCGCUGUUAUCGGUGACGGAACGACCGUCAAGCAGGCCAUUGUUGCCGACCGGGCGGUGGUUGGAAAGAACUGUACCGUUGAAGCCGGUGCUCUGAUCUCCUUUGGUGUAGAAAUCGCCGACGGAGUCAAUGUUAGUGAAGGACUUCGCAUCACGAAAGCGCCCAGAGAGGAGGAUGAUGGUGUGCCCACCAGCGAGCCCGAGGUCGUUGGUGAGGGUGGUACGGGCUAUGAAUAUGUUCCCUACGAAGAUGAGGAUGAAGAUGACACAGCAAGCAACGCCUCGUCGGGGUUGGUUUACAACAUGGCGCAUCUUUCGCUAUCCUCCGACUCGAUUUCCACACUCUCGUCCGAGAUCUCAGACUUCGGCGGUUCCCGCUCUGGUAGCUUCAGUACUACGAUGUCUGAUGACGAAGAGUCGGAUCACUUCGUACAUGAUGCCGCGGCUAGCGUCUACGACAGCUUGCGGGAUGCCGUCACGUCGGACGUGGUUCAGCUGGAAUUGGUCAGUCUACGUAUGACGGCCAAUGCCUCGGACCACCAGGUUCGACGCGCGGUGGUGUCCGCGUUCAUGAAGCGGGUUGCACAGUUGAUGGAAGGCGGAAAGGGUGCUGGAGACGCAGUCCGCGAGAUCUUCGGCAAAUACCGGGAGAUAGUGGAGCGAUCCUUGUUCGAUCGGGAGCGUGAGGCGAAGCCCGACCAGGUGGAUCUGCUUCUCCUCAUCCAGCAGGACCUGGUGCACCGCAGCCGGGGCGAUACAGUUCUUCUGUUCACCGCCAAAGAACUGUAUGACUUGGAGAUCAUCGAUGAGGAGGCUUACGAGCAGUGGUGGGACGAUGAGCGGUCGAGCAGCACCGAGGAGAUGCGCCAAGUGCGCAGUCAAACGCAGCAGUUCGUUGACUGGUUGGCCAAUGCCGAGGAAGAGGAGAGCAGCGAAGAAGAAGAGAGCGAGGAAGAUGACGAGUAAAUGAACGAUUUAGAGUGUGGCAUAU